AGGGACUCGACAGAACUACAAACCCCAUGAUGCAAAGAUAGUUCAAGGAAGGGAGGGAGAGGGGCGCGAAGCUGCACGCAUGCGCAGGUGCAGAGGGGGAAAGAAGGGAAGACGUGAGAUCAGUGAGUACCGGGCGGGUUAACGGGAGUGGAGGGCGGUUCAAGCCUCUAGACCCGUCUACUCAGGAGUAAGUCCCGCUCAGUUCCAUGGGGCUUGCUCCCGGGUAAAUGCUCGCUUUCCCGCAGCCGAAGCAGAAGCUUCCUUGUAGGUUUUGAAGCAGAGGCUGAAUGGCCACCUGUCAUGGGUGAUCUCGCUGGGAUCCCUGGACUAGAUCACCGUCAGGGUCCCUUCCAACCCGACAAUUCUGUGACAGGUCCCCCUUUCCCCGACCCCGAGGUUACUUACAAUCCUGGCAGGGGAACCUGCGGCUUUCCGGGGGUCGCUGGACUCGCCACUCCCAUCAUUAUCCCUGGGCAGGAGGUGGGUGGGCGCGAGUUGGAGCCCAGCAACCCCCAGAUGGGUUUCGCGAGCGGGGGAGUCGGGACCCCUUGCCUCCGUGUUGUAGGUCAGGAUGUGGGGGAGGCUGCGCCUGGUUCUUUGCUGUGCUUCUCAUCCUCCCCUUUCCUUCCUUCCGGAGGCGGCAGGUGGGACGACCUCGAGUCUCGACCCGCCAGGCUGGCUGCGAGAUGACCCUCUUCCACUUUGGGAAUUGCUUUGCCCUCGCCUAUUUCCCCUAUUUCAUCACCUACAAGUGCAGCGGCCUGUAAGUGUUGGGUGUGUGUGUUUGAGGGGUGGUGGGAAUGUGAGGUGCAUUGUUGGGGGUGAUGUAGGGAGGUUCUGGCCGAGCUGGGACAGAUUUGCUUCACCCUUUAUGAGCAGUGUGGGACGCGGGUGGCACUGUGGGUUAAACCACAGAGCUUAGGGCUUGCUGACCUUUCAGAAGGUCGGCGGUUCGAAUUCCUGCGACGGGGUGAGCUCCAGUUGCUCGGUCCCUGCUCCUGCCAACCUAGCAGUUCGAAAGCAGGUCAAAGUGCAAGUAGAUAAAUAGGUACCACUCUGGCGGGAAGGUAAGCGGCGUUUCCAUGCGUUGCUCUGGUUCGCCAGAAGCGGCUUAGUCAUGCUGGCCACAUGAUCCGGAAGCUGUACGCCGGCUCCCUCGGCCAAUAAAGCGAGGUGAGCGCCGCAACCCCAGAGUCGGUCACGACUGGACCUUUAUGAGCAGUGCAUUUUGAGGGGCACAUAAUGGAUGGAAAGCUAGAAUGGGAGCAGGCUUUGCAUGGGAUGGUGUGGCCUCAUUUGUUUAGUAGGGCUUGUGGGGUAUACAAAACAGAGACUGGUGCCUUUUAAUGUGUAGGAACACAGGAAGCUGCCUUAUAUGUCCAUCCAUUUCAGUAUUGCCCACACUGACUGGCAGCAGCUCUCCAGUGUUUCGGGAAGGGUUCUCUCUCUCUCCCCCGUUCCUACCUGGAGAUUCCAGGGAUUGAACUUGGGAUCUUCUGCAUGCGCUCCUUUUGUAAACCACUGGCAGCCUCAAGCUUGUUGUUGCUUGGGAAUACUAAGAAGCAGAAAUAUCAGUGCCGUUCCAAAGGCUCAGCCCACUCUCUUGAUUCGAGAGAGCGUCAGAUUGUAUCCAAACGCUGAUGAGCACUCGGUGCUUGAUCUCAGGCGCUGCAUGCAAAAUUUGGUUAUGAUACCUUCAGAGGUGCCCAAAUGCGUAGCAAGUAAACAAACCAAAUUUCCAAAAUAUAAAGGGUGGUAAAUAAAGUGCUGGUCCUACUCAAAUCACACCCACUGAAACUAAUAGACAUGGCUAACAUUGGUUCAUUAAUUUUAAUUCAGAGCAGGGCUUAGCUUAUUAUGGGCUGCAUGCAGUUAUGUGAACCCUCCACACUCUGAUGCCCCCCAGCUGUUUCAGAUUACAACCCCCCUCAUCCCCAAUCAUUGGCCAUGCUGGCCAGGACUGAUGGGAACUGGAGUCCGAAACAUCUGGAAACAGUACUGUCCUUUUAUCUCAUUCUGUGGGGCCAGAGACCAAGAAAUAAAAGCUCUGGCGGGGGGAAAACAGCCAUUAACAAGAGAGCUCCUUCUGCUUCAGAAAUAUCCCAUCCCACAAAGUGCUGUCUUUUUUAUUUCUGCCCCUUUCAGGUCAGAGUAUAAUGCCUUCUGGAGGUGUGUCCAAGCCGGAGCUACCUACCUCUUUGUCCAGCUUUGCAAGGUAUUGCCCGACCCCUUCGCUCUCUUGAAGUUUUAAGGAAGUAGCACAUGAGAAUCUGGAUGCUGAGAAUGUGAAGUCCAUUGCAAAGGAGGCACACAGCUCUCUCGGCAACGCCCUUGCGCUGGUGCAUAGUUUGAUGGGUUGUGCCAUGGACUUUCUGAGUUUGAUCCCAUUGCGGUGUCCAGCAAGGCAGGACUGGGGAAUAUGGGGCCUUCUCGGUGUUGCUGGACUCUUAACUCCCGUCAGCACCAGGCAGCAUAGCAAAUAGUGGAGGGUGAUGGGAGAUGAAGUUCAGCAACAUCUAGGAGGCCUGUCACUGCAGCGGUGAGAAUAUUUGUUCUUGUUUGGGCCAUAAUUCUGUAUCCACUAAGCUGGGAGUAAGUGCCAUUAUAGUUUGUUGGACUUCACCCUAAACUGGGCAAUCCUAUACAGUGGUACCUCGGGUUAAGUACUUAAUUCGUUCCAGAGGUCCGUUCUUAACCUGAAACUGUUCUUAACCUGAAGCACCACUUUAGCUAAUGGGGCCUCCUGCUGCUGCCACGCCACCGGAGCCCAAUUUCUGUUCUCAUCCUGAAGCAAAGUUCUUAACCUGAAGCACUAUUUCUGGGUUAGCGGAGUCUGUAACCUGAAGCGUAUGUAACCUGAAGCAUAUGUAACCCGAUGUACCACUGUAUAUGUGUUAAGAGACCUGAUUCUCAGGAUCACCUGCAGAAGCUCAGAAAGUGAACAGAGAAAUUGUUACUUCCCUCUCUCAAAGCACUAGAACUCCCGAGUCUGUCAGUGAAGCUGGAUGUUGGAAAAUUCAGGGAAGACAGAAGAAAAACGCUUCUUCACACAGCACAGAGUUAAACUGUGGAACUCUCUUCCACAGGAGGCAGGAAUGGCCACCAAUUUGGAUGGCUUUAAAAGAAGAUUAUAGACAGAUCCAUGGAGAACAAGGCUAUCAAUGGCUACUAGCCACCAUCCGCUUCUGAAUGCCAGUUACCGGGGAAAACAGUGGGGCAGAGUGUUUUCAUUCUCAGGUCUUGCUUUGGGGGCUUGUCACAGGCUCCUGGUUUGCCACCGUGAAAACAGGAUGCCAGACUCGGUGAGCCAUUAGCCUGAUCCAGCAGGACUCUUUGUAUAUUAGAAUCUGGGCAUAUGAAGCCAGCUAACAAUGGGUACUCAAUGGACAGUCCUGUACCUGUGAUUUCAGUAGCCUUUUCUAAAAAAAAUGCUGUGCUGUGCUAACUUUUUUGCUCUUCCCCAAAGGGACAGGGCCUUUUCAGUGGUGGCCCCUGUACUUGUUGUGAAGUGCCCUCACUGGGAAUAGUGCCCCCCCGACUGUUGCCUUUCACCACAAUCCUCAAAAUGUUAAUCGUGAAAUUUUGCUGCUCAUUCUCAUGGGCUGUAAUGAAGGCUCGAAUCGGAGAGUGUUCUAUAUUUUCAGGAUUCUGGUAGAACAUAACUAUGUCCACUGUACAUUUUCUUCCCUGUUUUUAUAAAUGUUUUCAUUCAUAAAUGUUGGUUGCUGCCUUCUCUCUCUUACAGAUGCUGUUCUUAGCCACCUUCUUCCCGACUUGGGAGGGCGGCGUAGGCGCUUACGACUUCAUUGGAGUAAGUCUGGCACUUGGGCAAGCAGGGCAGGGUGGGAGCCUACAAGGAUGGAGGUACAACUACCCGUAUCACAUACUACUGACCGUCCUACAACAUUGGGAGCAUCUGUGCUUGCAUAACUUGAGGGAUGUGGAUUUGGGAGGACGGGGGGAAUUGGGGUUUUCCUGUCUGCUGCUCUGAAACCUUUCCUCUUGUACCAGGAAUUCAUGAAAGCCACCGUAGACUUGGCCGACCUGGUGGGCUUGCACCUGGUCAUGUCGCGGAACGCAGGGAAAGGGGAGUACAAGAUCAUGGUGGCUGCCAUGGGAUGGGCCACAGCAGAGCUCAUCAUGUCCCGGUGAGUUGGGCCUUAGCCCUGCCCUAGGGGGUGGAGCCAGAGCUAGUGGGGGAGGUAUGUGGGCGGAGCUCAGUUGGAGCCACUUAUCCCAGGUGAAUGUGAGGUUCUGAUGUGGGUUUUUAUGUCUCUGCCUCCUCCAUCAGCAAUGUUGCGUGCUUUUAUUUUAUUUUUUUACAUGCUUUUAAUCCACAUUCAUUCAUCUGGAGAAACUAUUAAACCCCUCAUUCAAAUGAACGUAGCAGGCACUAAUAUUCUGACUUUACCCACAAAAUGCCUCCAACAACUAAAAAUGAAUAGUACCUAUUUGACCAUCAAUUGCAUGGUUUGUUAAAAAAACCUAUUUUUGUUUCCUUUUUCAUCAUCACCUUACAAUUGCUUAACUCCGCCUUCCUCCUCCCUUUCAGGCCAAUUCUUUGCACUUUCAAUUUUCUGUAAAAUUCCCCACAAGCCUGAUAUGUUUCUGCAACCAGCUGGAACAAAUAUAUCUCUUUUCUUUCUCUUCCCCCAAACGAUUUAAAUAACUCUUUUAAGUUGUUUAAAGGGUUUCAAGGGGUGGGAGUUUAUUCUCAUGAAGGUGUGGUUCGUUUCUAAAAUGAUAGGCGCUGGGACUUGUAUCUGCCUGGAGGGGCUAAUCCUUACGCUGCCACAUAGCUUGGAUUGUUCUUGCUUCAUUGCAGAGGCAGACACACUCUGCACAUGCCUGUGGAAACUUUAGUGUGUUGGAUGUCCCCAAGCUGAACUUUGACACAGAAUAAAUAAAAAAAUUGUCCAGUAGCACCUUAGAGACCAACUAAGUUUGUUCUGGGUAUAAGCUUUCGUGUGCAUGCACACUUCUUUAGAUACUUUGGUAUCUGAAACUUAGUUGGUCUCCAAGGUGCUACUGGACAAUUUUUUAAAUUUAUUUUUACACAGAAUAUUAGGCUCUGGUGCUACAUUCUAGGGAGCCUUUGUGAUGAGCAAUCCUGGGUGUGCAGCCCUAGGUUUCAUUUUGAAUUUGGAAAGACUUUCAUGGCUCAUAAUUACAGGCUGAUCCCUGGUUGUGCAAGAGCUUUUGGAAGGUUGCUCUUUUUCCUUUUCCUUUUUGCAACCAGUGUGUGUGUCGUGUCUGUGUGUGCAUGUGUAAUGUCUGGUUUUCGAGAUCCUUGGAUGUAGCUGUACGCAAUCAGCACUGCUGUGACAGACCAGCUCCGUCUCCUCCUGCCUUGCUGUCAUCUUGGAAGAGACAGGAAGAGAGACAGGAAGCAGAAGGCUCAUUCCAUUGAAAGCCAGUGUGGUGUAGUGGUUAAGAGUGGUGGACUCAUAAUCUGGUGAACCAGGUUUUGCUUUUCCACAUGCAGCUGCUGGGUGACCUUGGUCUAGUCACGCUUCUCUGAAGUCUCUCAGCCUCACUCACCUCACAGAGUGUUUAUUGUGGGGGAUGAAGGGAAAGGAGAUUGUUAGCCGCUUUGAGACUCCUUCGGGUAGUGAUAAAGCGGGAUAUCAAAUCCAAACUCUUCCAUUACCUUUGCCAAAAGCCCAGCUCCAUCAGUCACCUCCUUACCAGCUGGUCAUUGUAAGAACAGCUGUUCUUACAGCCUGAGUUUGACUUUUUCCUCUUCCCUCCUUGUCCUUUUUCUUUGCGUGCCAUGCUUUUUUAGAUUGCAAGCCUGAGGGUAGGGAUUGUCUUGUUUAAUUGAUUGCCCACAGGCCACUCUGGGGGUCCUUUUGACUGAAGAGUGGGUACCAAAUGCUCUGAAGAAAUGAAUAAAUAAAUGUGUGAAGUGUGCCUGACGCCGCUGUGCUUUUGACAGAUGCAUCCCGCUCUGGGUGGGAGCUCGUGGAAUUGAGUUUGACUGGAAAUACAUCCAGAUGAGCAUCGACUCUAACAUCAGUCUGGUAAGUGCUGAUUCUGCUGUUGCCUGUUGCAAGCUUCUCUAAAGCAGUGCCCCUGCUGGUAGGGAGGAAGUCUUCGGAUAGUCUUCCCUGCUUUUGUUUUCUUCCCCUGCUGUUCUAGUGGUGGUGUUUUUAUAACAGAAGAAAUACACUUUUUUGUGUGUGUCCCUGUGUGUUCUGAUGAAUCAAUCCAAUUAACUGUUUGACUAAAACUGCAUAACUUUGUAUAUGGGUCUGAAUGCAUGUGAGAAUAAUAGUUCAAAAGAGACUAUAACGCUCAGUGUUAAUGUUUCUGCAUUAAAUCCAUGUUCCCUUCUGAACUGAGCUGUUCUUAAGUGACAGUGGACUAGUUUGCAAUCUAAAAUUAUGCAUUUUAAUAAAAUCCAGGCUGGCUAUGAGGCUUGUAUAGCAGGCAGCCUGGAAAUAAAUUUUACAGGUGUAUACUUAUAACGAAGUCACUAUCUGAGUGUGGAUCCAUAGGCAACCAAAACACCACUGUCUAUAUACAAAAGGGAAGUAUUGCAUCAUCUAAUUUUGGAUUGCCCUCUUCUCAACACCCAUCGCAGAGAUCUCCUAGUGACUCCCUUACAGCUCAAAAUACAGUCAAACCUUGGUUCCUGAACAUAAUCAGUUCCGGAAGCCCGUUCGACUUCCAAGAUGUUCGACAACUGAGGUGCAGCUUCCGAUUGGUUGCAGGAGCUUCCUGCACUCAAGCGGAAGCCGUGUCAGACAUUCAGCUUCUGAAAAACAUUUGAAAACCGGAGCAUUCACUUCUGGGUUUUUGGCGUUCGGGAGCUUAAACGUUCUAAAACGGAGGUGUUUGGGAGCCAAGGUUUGACUGUAUCAACUUGCAAAGGCUCUGUAAUCCAAUAUUUGUUGAGGGAUGAUACUCCUGAAACUACCAAUAUUGUUUUGCGGUAUUUAGCCGAGGUCUUUAAAGCUAAAUCUAAAGUUGCCUGAUUUAUUAAAUGGUGGGUAUCUAGUCUUUUAUAUACUGUAUUGUCUGUGUUUGGUUUAUCAAAGUAUUUGGGUGACUUUGUAUGAUUUUAUGAUUGUACUGUUUUAACUUAUGCCAAUAAAGGCUAGUUACAAGUUACAACUAUGGAUAACAGUGGUGUACAGGGUGUAUGAUGUAGCCUGUCUAGGAGAAGAAAAACUCUGGUCCUUAACCUCCGCUGCCUCGCGGGAUGUGCCACAGAAAGGAUUUGGAAUCAUUCCUCUCUCUGUUUGCUCCCUUUGCGCCCCCCCCCAUUUUUCUUCUCCCAGGUCCACUAUAUUGCCACGGCCGCCCUGGUAUGGAUGUUUACACGCUACGAUUUACCCAAACACUACCGACUGCCCCUCACUUUCCUGCUGGGAGUCAGUGUCUACAAGGCUUUCUUCAUGGAGUGAGUCACUGGGUGCUUGUAGCUUGGAGUUGGGGCUUGGGGCUUGUGCGUUUCGGGCCGUGGCUUCCAUUAGCUGAUUGAAUAUAAGGCAGCUUUCUUCGAUUCCUUCAAUACCUUGCUCAGUAUUGUCUACACCAGCCUCCCAGAUAAUGUUCGACUGCGACUCCUGUUAUUUUAUUCAUUGCAUGCACACCCCAUCUUUCCUCCAAGUUGCUCAACGUGGUGGUUCUCUUUGUCCCCCUUUUAUCCUCACAACAACCCUGUGAGGGAGGUCGGGCUGAGAGUUGAGGGACUGGCCCAAGCUCACUCAGUGAGCUUUCAUGGCUGAGCAGGGAUUUGAACCCAGGCCUCCCAGGUCCUAGUCCAACACUCUAACCACUGCGCCAUAUUGGCUUGCUGUUAGCCUUGGUCAAUAUCAUCCCAGUGGUCAGGGAUGCACAAGGAUGGCGAAAGAGGGGUCUACGCUGACUAGAAGAGGCUCUCCAGGGUUUUAGCUGAGAAUCUUUCCCAUUCCUACCUCGAGAGCCUAGCGAUUAAAUCUGGGGACGUUCUGCAUGUGGAGCAUGUGCUCUGCUGCUGAGCUAUGACCCUUCCCCAAAUAUAUAAGCAUUAAACAUUGCAGGAUGUUUUCUUUCAAGCAUGGAAGUUGUAAGCACGGAACUGCGACCUCCUGCUCUCCUGCCCCACUAAAUCCUUACAGCCACGGAAGGACUGUAGUUCAGUGGUAGAGCAUCUGCCUUGCGUGCAGAAGGUCGCAGGUUCAAUCCCUGGUGUCUCCAGGCAGGGCUGAGGAAUGCUUCUGUCUCAAACCCUGGAGAGCUGCUGCCAGUCAGAGUGGGCAGCACUGCGCUAGAUGAACCAGUGCUUUGAUUUGGUAGAAAGCAGCUCCCGAUGUUCCUCUGCUCCUUACCAACCCUCUCCCUUUUCUUUUCCUUCCCAGGUCUUUCGUCCAUGUUUUCCUCCUGGGCAGCUGGACAGCCCUCCUGGUCAAGGCUGUCAUCACUGGUCUCCUUUCCCUCAGCUCCCUGACUCUCUUUGUCACUCUGGUACACAGCAACUGAGGGUUCAUUCCCUCCCACUCGGGAAGGAGACAUUGCCUUUGCAUCCCGGCGGGAUUGUCCGGCCAAGUCACUUUCGCCAAGUCGAGACACGGUUUGAUCCUGCCCGCGGUGAGAUUGGCCUCAGCGCGGCCUCUGCUUGCAGGCGAGGGGAAUAAUAAUAAUAAACAGGUUUUGGUAUUUCUGUGGUUUGCAGUG